AGAAGGAGGGAUGCCAGCCCUUGCGACAUUUCCUUGCAAGAUUUAGAGCCUACAUCACUAUAAAACGUCGCCAGAUCCAACACAUGGCAACAUUGUUUCGUACAACGUCGAGCAAAACGGUGAAAAUGAAAUUCUUCGUGUGCGCCCUCCUCUGCCUAGCCGCUUCGGCCUCCGCCCGUGACAAACGCGGCAUCUACGGCGAGCCCGGAGGCCUGCUGUCGCCCCUGAGCGCCCACUCACACUCAGCGCCGAUCCUGAGCGCCCACUCCCUCGACUCAGCGCCAAUUCUGAGCGCCCACUCUCCACUGCUGAGCCACUCGAUCUCCCCUACGCUAGCGCCCAUUUACACUCAGCGCCGUUGUCUCUGCAUUCAGCGCCGCUGCUCUCCGCGCAUUCUCUGCAUUCCGCUCCUCUGCUCUCCGCUCACUCAGCACCUCUGCUAUCCCACUCUGCCCUGUCCCCUCAUUCCCUCCACUCAGCGCCUCUGCUAUCCCACUCUGCCCUGUCCCCUCAUUCCCUCCACUCAGCGCCUCUGCUAUCCCACUCUGCCCUGUCCCCUCAUUCCCUCCACUCAGCGCCUCUGCUAUCCCACUCUGCCCUGUCCUCUCAUUCUCUCCACUCAGCGCCUCUGCUAUCCCACUCUGCCCUGUCCUCUCAUUCCCUCCACUCAGCGCCUCUGCUAUCCCACUCUGCCCUCUCCUCUCACUCUCUCCACUCUGCCCCUCUACUGUCAUCUCACGGUCUCCACUCCGCCCCUCUGCUCUCCCACUCCGCUCCCCUGAUCCACUCCUCGCCCCUACUCUCUUCCCAUUCUUCUCCCUUGCUCUCAUCCCAUUCCCUCCACUCCGCUCCACUUUUAUCCUCUCACUCACUUCAUUCAGCCCCUCUUCUCUCCGCGCACUCCGCGCCCCUGCUCCAUUCCUCCCCCCUUCUCCAAUCCUCCCCCCUACAUACGUCCAUCCACGCGCCCCUACACUCUGCCAAACUGAUCGCCGCCCCUAGAUACGCCGCUGGAUGGUAAACUGCUAUUAUGCCAAAUAAAGACGCUUUAAUUUA